AUGAAAUACUAGUAGUAUAUAUAUGUAUUUUCUGACAAGGUAUUUAAAUAAUGUUGGCAUUAGGAAAACAAUAAUAAGAGGUGUGAAGAAAAGCCAACUGGACGCGAAGAAGGGAAGCAAAGGAAAGGAAAAAAGAGAAAGGAAAGGUGUCUCUCUCUCUCUCUCUUGGACUGAUUCGCCUCAAACGCAUCUAUCUCUUCCUUUCCCACCUCUUUCUACUACCACCCACUACUCUUAAGGCAAAGUUGGUGAAAACAAAGAAAAGGAUGAUGGUGGUGCCGGUGGCUUCUUUCUCAACAGACACAAACACCAUUUGUUCCAUUUCCAUUUUCUUCUGAUUCCUUCUCUUUCUACCCAUCUCAUCUCAUUUACUAUAUUUUUUUUUUGGUCCACCCUCAUAUUGAAGACUCCGCCUUAUAGGGGCAUCUUUAUUUCUCUUUCAUUCUUCUUGUGUGUUUGUGAUUAUUGCCCUGUCCUCUGACAUUGCUCAUUCCUUUAAUUCCCCCACCCAUUUCCCACCUUUCUCUCACUCUUCCUUUUCUUCUCGCAAACAAAACUCAUGGGCGCCGUUCAAGCUCAAUAUCCCUCCAAUGUACUUUUCCUAAACAGCAAAACCGGGCAAGAAGCACAUGAUUAUUCAUUGCAAUCUCCGCCAGGACAACAACUCCUUGAUCAAUCCCAUAUGCUAUUCAACAACGGAGGUACUAAUUCUCGAAAGAGAGGAAGAGAAACAACAACAGCAGCAGCUACCGGGAUUGCGCCAAACGUUAUCAACUCAUUCUCUUUACAAUCCCAAUCUCCACAGGCACAACUCAUAGACCUCACUCAACUUCAUAAUCAUAAUCAAAAUGUAGUCUCCACCGGGUUACGCUUAUCCUUUGGCGACCAACAACAACAAAGACAGCAAUUACAACAUCAUCAACAACAGCAUGGGUGUCACUCCUCUCCUUUCAUAUCUCUAUUAUCCGAAGAAGGCUUGUCUUCUCAAAUCAAACAACAGCGUGACGAAAUAGACCAAUUCCUUCAAGCCCAUGGGGAGCAAUUGCGGCGGACAUUAGCGGAGAAGAGGCAGAGACAUUAUCGGACGCUGCUAAGAGCAGCGGAGGAAUCAGUGUUGCGGAGGCUGAGGGAGAAGGAAGCGGAGGUGGAGAAAGCCACGCGCCGCAAUGCGGAGUUGGAGGCACGCGCGGCGCAGCUUAGCGUGGAGGCACAGCUUUGGCAGGCCAAGGCCAAGGCGCAGGAAGCGACGGCGGCGGCGUUGCAGGCGCAGCUGCACCAGGCUAUGAUGAGCAGCGGCGGCGGUGAGGACGGUGGUGGGGGAGGGCUAUCGUGCGCCGGGGGCGAAGCGGAGGAUGCUGAGUCAGCGUACGUUGACCCGGAGCGAGUGGGUCCCACUCCGAAAUGUAGAGGGUGUGCGAAACGGGUGGCUUCGGUGGUGGUGUUGCCGUGUCGCCACCUAUGCAUCUGCGCCGAAUGCGACGGGCAUUUUCGGGCUUGCCCUGUUUGCCUCACCGUUAAAAAUUCAACCAUCCAAGUCUAUCUAUCUUAGUGCCAAUUCACAUGUCUGCCCAUCACAACAAAAGAAAAAUAGACUAAAAUGAAAAAAAUACUCAUUAAAUAAUAAAAAAAUACUUUCUCUCUCCGGUCUCUCUAUCUUUUUAAUGAAUGGAAAUGGAACGAGGAACUUUUUUGUUGUUGUUGUACAUGAUGGUGAGAAAACUGAGAAGGUUGGGUAAUUUGGCCGUGAGAUUCAAUGUUCGUUUUUUUUUUUUUUUUUUUUAGUUUUCAGUCCUCCUUACAUUUUCUCAGUGAUGUACAUGGAUGGCCAAAUGGGUAGUGGCUUCUGUUUUUUUUGUUGGGAUAUUUCUCUCUUUUAGAAAUUGAUAUUUAUUAUAUUCUUUCUUGGAUAAAUACUUAACUGAGAUGCCUUUCCAAAUUCAGGGUGUCAUCAAUGUGUUGUUGUCUCCAUUUAGAUGUCAGAAUCUUGCAUAAUUUCAAAAAGUCUUGUUAAUUUGUCA